CUGCGACAGCAAGCCGCUGCGUUGCAGCAGUGGGGUGUAGAGAUACGGCGGCAGCUUCACAGGUUUCCGGAACUAAUGUAUGAAGAACACCGUACCUCUGCGUUGGUGCAGAGAGUGCUCACAGAUCUGGGCAUAAAGCACUCAGCGGGCUGGGGCCGAGACCGCCGCGCUUCUCUGGUGGACGAGUCGCUCUUGGAGGCAUCAACUGAGAAAGGAGAUACAGAAGAGUUGCAUCAAAUGCAGCAGCAGGCAGCAGGCAUCCCGGGCACAGGGGUGGUUGCGGAGAUUGGAACUGGCAAGAGCCCAUGUGUUUUGCUGCGAGCAGACAUGGACGCGCUUCCUAUCCAUGAACAGGCCGCUGUUGCUUUCAAGUCCGAAUUAGAUGGGAAGAUGCAUGCAUGCGGCCACGAUGCACAUACAACGAUGCUCCUAAUGGCCGCUGCCAUCCUGAAAAAGAACGAAGCUUCUCUCAAGGGGACAGUGAAGCUGGUGUUUCAGCCUGCAGAAGAGGGCGGACAAGGGGCGCAAAUGAUGCUGGAAGAGGGCCUUUUGGAUAUGCUACCGUCACCUCUCAUGGCCAUGGGCAUGCAUGUCUUCCCGGAGCUCCCGACUGGCGUAAUUGCAUCCAGAGAAGGACCCCUUAUGGCUGCGACUGCGAGGUGCGUGCGCCUCUGCAGUUUCCACUUUGAAAUCGUUGGGAGCGGUGGCCACGGCGCAAUGCCUGCUCAGACGCGAGACCCCAUUGCUGCAUGCACUGCAGCUGUGCAGAACGUGUAUGCUAUAGUCGCGAGAGAAAACGACUUCGCCGCUGUGUCUUCGGGCUUCAUCUCUGUCACACAAAUUCAGGCCGGCAGUGCCUUCAAUAUCAUCCCAUCGGAGUGCAGCCUCAAAGGCACCCUUAGGGCCUUUACCAACGAGAAGCUACAGGAAUUGAAGCUGCGUUUGCGGCAGGUCGUGCAGCGUACGGCCGAGGCCUUCCGCUGCCGCCUGAGAGUUCGCCGCCUUCUCACCAACACCCCAGCGCUUCAUGUGCACGCUGGCGCACUCGGGGUCCUUAACAAAGCAGUCGGUGCUGUCACUGGAGGUCGCCCGGUAGAGACGAUGCCCCCGAUCUAUGGUGGCGAGGACUUUGCAUUUGUUUUGGAUCGGGUACCUGGGGUGUUCGCAUUCAUCGGUAUUGGGAGCGGAGCGCAACGGAAGGGCCAUGUGCCAACUUCCUUUGGGCUGCACCACCAGGAGUUUGCCAUCGAUGAGGAAGCACUGGAGGUCGGAGCAGCUGUUGAGGCUCAAUUCGCAGCAACAGCCAUUGAGCACUUGUUGCAACAGCCAAGCCAGCAGCAGCAAGAAGAACCCCAGGAUAAACUUUAUGAUGACCUAUAA